AUGGAGCCGGCUCCCAUUCCAAUCUCCAAGGUGACAAGCUUCAGCCAACUCGACUUCCAGCCACGACCACGGGGUCCGAUGGUGGAUGACAAUACAUACUUUCGAGUCACUUCAAGUUUUCUGCUAGGAGUUUCAACGUCGGCUUGGGUGACAGAAAAAUACGUUAUUGCGCCUUUCUGGCCUUCGAAUCUCGAAGACACACCAUUUGGACCUACGCUUGCAAGUCAGCCACAGGACUGGCGUGGCUUGACGACGGCAUUCCAAGCAGAGUUGGUUUGUGAACCUCUUUCACUCGAUACAGUCCGUAAUGUUUCUCGACCAUACACUUAUUAUAUAGAUGACAAGCCGUACCACUCGCAAGCCAACUUUCCUGGGGUCAGGCUCAAAUCGCCCGGUGAUUGUAUCGUGGAAUAUGAUGGAGGCAACAUUCAUCAAUCCGGGACCUCCGUGAAUUCUUCUCUUGCUGGUGGUGGGGGCUGGUGGGCCAACUUGAGUGACAUCAUUCCUGAAAACACCUGGAAAGAUGGAGAAAUUACGUCGCUAACUAACUCAACAUAUGAGCCACGUUCUGGGUCUGGCUGCGGACCGAGACAGUAUCAUCAUGAUACAGAGUCCGCUAGUGUGGAGUACGGCCAGCGAUUUCUCGUGUAUAACUCUGCACCCUCGUCUGAAGUAUUGUUUGAUGAAACAGCUUUUCGACAAGAUCGACAGUCAUUCAGUUUGGAAGAUCUUGGUAUUCCAGAUUUUCAAACAUCUUUUCUAUCAUCGAAUUGGAACGAAAAGAUGCGUUCCCCAGACCAAACCAAUUUCUUCCUGCCUGCUGCCGGUCCACUAGCAUUGCUUGCUGCUCGCUACAAAACGGAUGCCGAAAAGUUGAGAGCCAGUUCUAGCCUAGUGCGCGAUGCUCAGCAGCUUCACCACCGUUUCUUCGCAGAACGAGUCCAGAGCGUCAUGAAAAACCUCAGUACCAGUUCUUCCAGGUUCGAGGGCCUAGAGACUAGGGUAUAUUCCCGCAUCAGAAUCAAUCCUGCUAUCGGCAUCGCUAUCAGCACGUUGCUGCUGUCAAUUAUGGUUGCAAUGCCAAUCAUAUUUAUCCAUUCAAGACUGACCAGGCGUCCCUUGGACCUGUAUCGUGACCCUGGAUCCGCCGGCUCGGUUGCUUCGAUAAUCGCUUCAAAGAGUCUAGAAACCAGAAAGGUGUUUGAAAGUGCCGACAGAAGAUCUGCCAACUGGUUGAAUUUGGAAUUGAAGUUCAAAAGAUUUGCGCUUGAUAGGAGCCAGCUUGUCCUUCUUGAAGAUGGCACGAACUCUUUGCAUGGCCGAAGAACGACAGCCUGGCCGAAGAGAACGAAAGUAUGGGUGGAAAAGAUGAAAGCAUGUCUAAGAAAGAAAACAAGGCUGAAAACCCCUGAAGUCAAAGACUGGCGUCCAUUGGCGGUCAAAGGAUGGGGAUUGAUUUCUCUUUCCUUCUCAAUCGCCGCGGUUUUAGCUCUGAUGAUUGCGUUGAAUCGCGUGUCAAGCAGUCAUGGGCUGUACAGAGAAGCCUUUGUACAACCUUGGAAAAUCUCUAUUGGAACGCAACACAGCUUCUCGCUGGCACCCUACUCUAUCAUUCCUACAGUGAUCGCAGUUGCAAUCAAGCUUUGGUGGGGAGCUUUGGAGAUGGUGUUAAAACGACUUCAACCAUAUAUCUCGAUGACGGCAAAGCCUAGACCUCCGUUCCAGGGGCUCACACUCUCCUAUAUUGCCUCGCCUCUCAUAUAUUCGGCUGGAAAGGCGGCGAAGAACCGACACUGGAUGCUUGCCCUAAUCUGUACAGGUGCGGCCUUUACAGAAAUCUUCACUGUCGGGAUGUCAGCCUUGUGCCACGAAAAUCCUCGUCGUGUUUCGCGCGUUGAAAAUGCUACUAGAGCCUAUGAGCUCCGGACGGUACCGCAGUACUAUUCAUACCGCGGAAAGCCAAGGGGUGCCCGCAUGUCGUACCCUGCUGAGGUACAGGUCAUCAAGCAUGUCUAUGGGAAUCUUCUGACGAAUUGGAUUUAUGGCGCAACACUUCAGCUUACACUGAACGAUCUUAAGCCUAUUUGGACGGCCGAAGAUUGGAGCUUUGUGCCUGUCAAUCUUACUGAGUUUUCAGGAGUUGAUGAGAGUACCAAGUCUGAGGGCGGAAUAUCCGAUCAAUCGCCUCUCUCCGGGCCUCUCCACAAUAUCACACUUGACACGCCCGCCCUACGCGCACGAUUGCAGUGUUCCCCGUAUACUGAGAUACUUAACCAAUCAAACUGGCUCAUAAGACAUGAUCUGACCAAUACCUCUGAGUGGAACCCAACCGACCACCCAGGGGGACCAAAGGUUGGGUACGAGCUCACAGAUUCCGGUUUCCGGGCCGGGUCCACCUACUUGAGGCUGGCGGAUGAUAAUUAUUUUGCGACUUUCUAUGCUCGCGGAAACCAAUUGACUUGCUGCGCAAAUCAGACAAGCGAUGGACCAGGAAGAGCGGCAGUUGGGUAUUGGUCUAAGCUGGGGACGCGGUCCGCGAGCACUCCUACGAGCAAUAUCUCAGUAAUGUGGCUAGUGGGAUACCCUAUUGAAGGACUAUACCAAAGAACGAGCAAAGCUACUGGGAGCACUUCCUCGCAUUGGAUCUGGUCAGAGCCGCCAAAGCUUACCGGCAUCAACUGCCUUCCACUUGUGGAGAGUGCAGACGCAGAGGUCACGAUCGAUCCCGUUACCAGCAUUGUCCAGUCUCACAACAUUACCGGAGAACCGAGGAAUUUCACAGCAGCGUGGCAGGAUAAAUACAUUACACACAAUAGGUCUACUGGGACUGAUGCUGGACCCCCACCGGAGUCAAUUGAUUACAUUCCGCAGGGAAACACAACAGUAAGCUUUGGGUGGGUUUUCCUUGACGCCUUGAUGGGCUCUGCCACCGUCUCGUCCAACAUACCUGACCCAACCAUCGGCUUUCGCGGCGCCGAAGACCUCUCCGACCGGACCUUCAACUUCCGCAUGAAAGGCUAUAACCUCGACUUCAUGUCCUACUCGAUGCUCAACCAAGCCCAAAACAACGUGGACGUCCUCUCUGACCCGUCCAAUCUUGCCCGCCUCGCCAGCAAUGCCUUCUCCGUCUUCUUCCAGCAUUUCGUGGCGGCGAACGUGUCCGACGCGAGCGCCAGCGGGGGUUGGGCCUUUCAGAAAAUUGGCGCCAGACUUCCCGCCGACCUGGGCUGUUCGGUAGGCUACCUAGACGACCCAGAAUGCCGAGAUUCGCCGGCCCCGCCACCGGACCAGAACACGAAUCGCACCGCGAGGUUACAGGUGGAUCGUCGUGUGCGGAGCAUCGAGUUCGGCGAGGUUGCGGUGUGGCUAUGUGUAUCGAUCCUGGCGUUUCUGGGCGGCGCCACGAUGCUUGUGUUUUGGCUGUCGCGAGCGCAUUUCAAGAAUCUUCCUCGGGAUGUGGAUAUUGUUGCGAGUGUGCUCGGCUUUGUGUAUGAAAGCUGGGGGCUUCUGAAGUGGGUGAGGGGCGGGGGUUUGGAGGGUGCUAAGGACCGCGGCCCUUUGGUUCAAAUGGGCCCGUUCACAGGAGCGGACGGGACGGAGCGUUGGGGGAUUGAGAUCGUUGGUUCUGGGGCUGAAACAGGUGCCGAUGAAGGGGUUCACCAGGGAGGAGGAGAACAGGAGGAGAUUCAGCACGGCGAUCCGGACGAGGAGCACGUAGAAGAUUAUGGGCAAGCAGAAGAACAGGCUGGUGCUGCAUUUCCUCUUAUGACUAUCCACCCACUCACACCAGCACCGCCAUGA